AUGCCAGGAGAGAAAAGAGCCUUUGAGGAGGUGCACCAAGAUCAGGCGCACUCGUUGCCUGUAUCGUCCCAGAUAAUAUCAUCUCAAGGGGGGUUAACAGCUUCCGAAGAACAGGUUUUAAGACAGGUGAAGCGUCCCAAUGGGAAUCAAGAACCUUCUGAAUUUGAGCGAGAGUUAUUGGACAUGACUCAAGCAGUCCGUGGAAUGGAACAGGAGGAAGAUCAGAAUUGGAGCAGACCUGAAUUAUCAGCUGAUUUCAAUUCCGAAUUGGAAGAUGUCAGUUUUCAACAAUUGGACGCGGAAGAGUUCAACGAACGAGAUAACACCUUUGCUCGAUUCUUUGGUAUUACUGAAGCUGGACAUUCAGUGUUGUGUAAUGUUGUAGGAUUUAUCCAUUACUUCUACGUUCCAGUUCCCAAAGGGUUCGUUAAGGAUCAGCAUUUGCAACAAUUCACCAAUUACUUGCAUGCCAAUUAUGAAGGUAUAGAUAAGGUCGAAAUAACAUUGAAGGAAACAAUCUGGGGAUAUAACAGAAAUAUCAAGACUCCAUUCUUCAAAGUGUUUGUCAAUAAUACUAGAAACAUCACUAAACUCAGAACAGCUUUUGAAAGAGGUGACAUUCGGUUUGAAAACUUGUUCAGUGAAACCGUGUCUUACGACAAUAUCAACUAUUUGAUGAGGUUGAUGAUUGACUGUAAAAUCACUGGGAUGUCGUGGAUAACCUUACCAAAGUCUAAAUAUAAAAUGGUUCCUGAUAAUCUUAAGAUUUCUAGCUGUCAAAUAGAAUGUUCCAUUGACUACAGGGACUUGAUCACCCAUCCAUCAGAAGGAGAAUGGUUGAAGAUGGCACCACUUCGUAUUUUAUCCUUUGAUAUUGAAUGUGCUGGUAGAAAAGGUAUAUUCCCGGAAGCUCAACAUGAUCCGGUCAUUCAGAUUGCUAAUGUAGUACUGAAAUCGGGUGAGUCUAAACCAUUCGUCAGAAAUGUUUUCACUGUCAAUACAUGUUCUCCUAUUAUUGGGUCUCAAAUCUUUGAGCAUGCCAAGGAAGAAGAAAUGUUGAUGCAUUGGAGACAGUUCAUCACUGAGGUGGACCCUGAUGUUAUUAUUGGUUAUAAUACUUCCAAUUUUGAUAUCCCUUACUUGUUAGAUAGGGCCAAAGCGUUAGGGUUAAAGGAUUUCCCCUUCUUUGGUAGAUUAAAACGUAUUAAGCAAGAAGUCAAAGAUGCCGUGUUUAGUUCUAGGGCAUAUGGUACCAGAGAAAACAAGGUCGUUAAUAUUGAUGGACGAAUGCAAUUGGAUUUGCUUCAGUUUGUUCAAAGAGAAUACAAAUUGCGUUCUUAUACAUUGAACUCGGUCUCGGCUCACUUUUUGGGGGAACAGAAGGAAGAUGUGCAACAUUCUAUUAUUACUGACUUACAAAACGGUACGAAAGAAACAAGAAGACGGUUGGCAGUUUACUGUUUGAAAGAUGCAUUCUUGCCUUUGAGACUUUUGGACAAGCUUAUGUGUUUGGUUAAUUAUACAGAAAUGGCUAGAGUCACUGGUGUUCCAUUCUCGUAUUUGUUAUCCAGAGGGCAACAAAUCAAGGUUAUCUCACAAUUAUUCAGAAAAUGUUUAGAAGAAGAUAUCAUUAUUCCAAAUAUGAAGAGCGAAGGAACAAACGAAGAGUACGAAGGUGCAACCGUUAUUGAACCUAUAAGAGGAUAUUAUGACGUACCUAUUGCAACCUUGGAUUUCAGUUCGUUGUAUCCUUCGAUCAUGAUGGCCCAUAAUUUGUGUUAUACCACUUUACUUAGCAAGAGUGCAAUCCAAGCGUACGGGUUGACCGAAGAAGAUUAUACUAGAACACCAAAUGGUGAUUUCUUUGUCAAGUCACACAAAAGACAAGGUAUUUUACCAACCAUCUUGAAUGAAUUAUUGACUGCUAGAAAAAAGGCUAAAGCUGACUUGAAAAAGGAAACAGAUCCAUUUAAGAAAGAUGUGCUUAAUGGUAGACAAUUAGCAUUAAAGAUCUCGGCCAACUCGGUUUAUGGGUUCACUGGUGCUACUAUUGGUAAAUUGCCUUGUCUUGCAAUUUCAUCUUCUGUUACUGCUUUUGGUAGAGAAAUGAUCGAGAAAACCAAAAACGAAGUUCAAGAAUAUUAUUCUAAAAAGAAUGGACACCCGUUUGAUGCUCAAGUUAUUUAUGGUGAUACAGAUUCUGUUAUGGUCAAGUUUGGUUAUCAAGACUUGGAAACUUGUAUGAAAUUGGGUGAGGAGGCUGCUAAUUACGUGUCGACUAAAUUCAAGAGUCCUAUUAAGUUGGAGUUUGAGAAGGUUUAUUAUCCAUAUUUGUUAAUCAACAAGAAGAGAUAUGCUGGGUUAUAUUGGACCAGACCCGAUAAGUUUGAUAAGAUGGAUACCAAAGGUAUUGAAACAGUUAGAAGAGAUAACUGUAGAUUGGUACAAAAUGUUAUCACCAAAGUUUUACAAUUUAUUUUGGAAGAACGAGAUGUUGAAAAGGCACAGAGAUUUGUUAAACAGACAAUUGCUGAUUUAUUGCAAAACCGAGUAGAUUUGUCACAGUUGGUUAUUACCAAGGCUUAUGCUAAGCACGAUUAUUCCGCUAAACAGGCCCAUGUUGAAUUGGCAGAAAGAAUGAAGAAGAGAGACCCUGGUUCAGCUCCUACUCUUGGUGAUAGAGUCGCCUAUGUGAUUGUUAAUACUGGUAGUGAUAAGAACUAUGAAAAAUCAGAAGAUCCUUUGUAUGUUUUAGAAAACUCAUUACCUAUUGAUGUCAAGUACUAUUUGGAUCAACAAUUGACCAAGCCACUAGAAAGAAUUUUCAAUCCAAUUUUGGGAGAUGGUAAGACCAAGGAGUUGUUAGCAGGUGCCCAUACAAGAACUAUUAAAAUGUCUGCUCCCAAGACAGGUGGAUUAAUGAGGUUUGCCAAGAAAUCUGAAGUCUGUAUCAAUUGUAAGACACCAUUGAAAUCAGAAAAUCAUGGAGCUUUGUGUCCAAAUUGUAUUCGGGAAGGUAAAGGUCCUGAACUUUAUUCCAAUGCUCUUUCACAAAUGAAUUACUUGGAAAACAAGUUUUCCCGUUUAUGGACCGAAUGUCAACGUUGUCAAGGAUCAUUGCAUCAAGAAGUUUUGUGUGGUAACAAGGAUUGUCCAAUUUUCUACAUGAGAACAAAGGCCCAGAAAGACGUCCAUCAACAAGCAAUGGAACUUGUCAAGUGGGAAAAUACUGUUUGGUAA